CGCGCCGCGGCGCGCUCGACCACCACGGCAGACCUGCUGCCCGCCGCCCUGGAGCCCGGCCUCGGCAGCCUGUUCGCGCUGCGCGGGCCCGCCAUGGACCUCACCACCGCCUACCGCUACAACCAGAACAUGAUGGAGUACUACACGUGCCACGGCGGGGUGAACCAGCUGGGCGGCGUCUUCGUGAACGGGCGGCCGCUGCCCGACGUGGUGCGCCAGCGCAUCGUCGAGCUGGCCCACAACGGCGUGCGGCCCUGCGACAUCUCGCGCCAGCUGCGGGUCUCCCACGGCUGCGUCUCCAAGAUACUCUCCAGGUACUACGAGACGGGCAGCUUCAAGGCGGGCGUCAUCGGCGGCAGCAAGCCCAAGGUGGCGACGCCGCUGGUGGUGGACGCGAUCGCCAACUACAAGCGCGAGAACCCCACCAUGUUCGCCUGGGAGAUCCGCGACCGGCUGCUCGCCGAGGGCAUCUGCUCGCAGGACAACGUGCCCAGCGUCUCCUCCAUCAACCGAAUUGUGAGGAACAAGGCGGCGGAGAAGGCGAAGCACGUGCACCAGUCACAGCAGCAGCAGCAGCAGCAACAGCAGCAGCAGUCGGGGGCGGGGGCGUCGCCGGCGGGCAGCGGCGCGGGGGCGGGCGCGGGCGCGGGCCCCGGCGUGUCGGUGAUCGCGCACGCGCCCUCCGCCUCCGCGUCGGCGUCCGCCUCCGCCUCCGCGGCCGCCGCCGCCGCCGCCGCCGCCGCCCACGCGCACGCGCACCACGACGCGUCGCGGCCCGGCGCCUACAGCAUCAACGGCAUCCUCGGCAUCCCGCAGCACGCCGACCCGCCGACCGCCAAGCGGAAGCGCGACCACCACCACGCAGACGAGAACCGCGACCUCAACGGACACCCAGAUGACGACAUCAAGAGGCAGAGGACGCACUACAACGGCGAGCAGCUCUACUCCAACUUGUGGCCGGGCAAGUGGAGCAUCAAGGACGAGCACAAGCUGCUGUCGGAACUGGGCAGCAGCGCGGGGUCGCCCUACUACGACGGUGGGGGCGGCGGAGGCGGCGGGGGCGGCGCGGGGGGCGGCCAGGGCAGCCAGGGCUUCGCCGCGGCGGCUGCGGCGGCGGCCGCGGCGGCGGCGGCCGCUGUCGCGACGUCGUCCGCCUCGGCGGCCGACCUGUACGACGGCAUCGCCUCCAUGACGCAGCAGGCGCCCGUCUACACGCCCUCCCCUCUCGGCGGCUCGCUCACUCCGCUGGCGCCCAUCACGAUGCAGGAGAUGAAGCUGUGCCCCAGCGCCGUGCUCGACCCCUCCAUGUCUCCGUACCAGCAAGUGGGCGCGGGCGGCGGCGCCGGCGUCGUCCCGGUGAGCGACUACUCGUACGGGCCGCCAUACUCGCAGUACUCGUCCACGUACGGCUCCUACGGCUACGGCGCCGGCGGGUUACUCAGUAAGUAAACACAGGCGCUCCCUACUAUCCGUACGGUGGCUGCGGCGGGGCCGGCAGCACCAGCAGCAGCUGCAGCAGCAGCAGCAGCAGUGGCAGCGGGGGCGGCAGUGGAGGCUGCGGGGGCGGCGGGGUCGG